AUGAGUAGCAUGGCCACGGAGAUCCUGGCUUUUGUUCUGACCACCUCUGGAUGGGUGCUAAUAUCGUCCACCUUGCCCACGGACUACUGGAAGGUAUCUUCUCUUGACGGGACCGUUAUCACCACAGCCACCUUCUGGUCCAAUUUAUGGAAGACCUGCGUCACGGACUCCACUGGAGUUUCCAACUGUAAAGACUUUCCCUCGAUGCUGGCAUUGGACGCUUACAUUCAGGCUUGCAGAGGAUUGAUGAUUGCGGCUGUCUGUCUGGGUUUCUUUGGUGCCAUCUUUGCCCUUGUUGGGAUGAAAUGCACCAAAAUUGGAGGAACUGACCAAAGCAAGGCCAAAAUUGCCUGCUUUGCGGGUGUUAAUUUCAUCCUCAGUGGCCUCUGCUCGCUUUCUGCAUGUUCCAUCUAUGCACACCGAAUAACAUCCGAGUUCUUUGACCCCAUGUUUGUGGCCCAGAAGUACGAGCUGGGUGCUGCUCUGUUCAUUGGCUGGGCCGGCUCCAUCCUCUGUAUCCUAGGGGGAGGCAUGUUCUGCUUCUCCAUCGCAGACACUGUCACCAAAAGCCAUAGUCGAGUAAGCUAUAUCUACAAAGGCGCCGCCUCCCACUCCCAUAUCACUUCCAGCACAAGAGGACAAACCAAGACUAUAAACCAGAGGCCUCCACCCGGGUACAGCACCUCCUCCAGAAUGCAGCACUUUGAUAAGAACGCGUAUGUGUGA